AUGAUGGCGCCGGUGGGCUAUCUGCUGUAUGCAUCCUUAUUGCUUGCUGUUGUGGUCUAUGUUCGGACGCGUAGGCGUUCCCUUCCCUUCCCACCUGGCCCUCCCGCCGAGUCCGUCAUCGGUCACCUUCGUGUGCUUCCUCCGGUGGAUCAAGUCGAUGUCUUCCAAGAAUGGGCUGCUAAAUAUGGCGAUAUCUUUUACCUAAACGUCUUAGGACAGUCCAUCGUUGUUUUGAACAAGUACCAGGCUGCUGCAGACCUUCUUGACAAGAGGAGCGCCAACUUUAGUGACCGCGCGAAAUGUGUUUCGUACGACCUCAUGGGGUGGAAACGCAGCAGUGCGGUGCUUCCAUGUGAUCCUACAUGGAGAAAGCACCGGAAGAUGUACCAAGAAUAUUAG